AUGAAUGUUACUGAUAUAUAAAUAUUGUGUAUUUAAAAAUACCAGUAAUGGAGAAUUAUCUUACCAUUUUGCUACUGUCUGGACUAGUUUUGUUGAGUGCAUUCUAUGGAUACAAUGUUGAACAAAGAAUUGUUCAAAUUAAAAACGAUUUUGUUAAUACAGAAGUUCAACACAAGGAGGAAAUGAGGAAAGUUAAUGCAACAUUGAAAUCAAUGAGUGAGCAAAUUAAUGAACAUCGUAACAAAAUGAUAGAAAAAGACAACGAGUGCAGAAAAAUAAUAAAUCAAACAGAAGAAGGCGUUGUGACGUUUAAAGACGAGUUUAUUAAUGUAGAAAUUCAUCACAAGAAUGAAAUGAAGAAAGUCCAUGAAGAAUUGAAAUCGAUGAGUGGACAAGUUAAUGCAGGUCUUAACGAAAUGAUACAAAAAGAAAAUGCAUACAGGAAGGAAUUAGAUCAAACGAACGAAAACGUUACGACGUUACAUAAAGAAACGAUGAAAUUACUGAAAGAAACCAACAACCGUUACGAGAACACAUUAAAUGAUAUUAAAAAAGAAAACAAAGAACACAAUGGCAUAUCGUUCUCUGCCAGACUUGGAACCUCUAUUAAAGAUAUUGAUCCUUGGAAUACGGUUAUAUUUGAUCAAGUGAUUUCUAACGAUGGUAACUCUUAUAACGCCGCUACUGGUAUUUUUACGGCUCCAAUAGCAGGAACAUACUAUUUCACCUCUACAAUAUUUACAAGUACGGGAUCAAUAUUGGAAAUGUCACUAAAAGUAAAUGAACAGACUCAAAUGUGGAUGUAUACGUAUGCUGCAACUAUAACAGGUAAUACUGCAACAAACAGCAUCAUCGUGAAACUAAACAAAGACGAUACAGUUAGACUCGUCAAGCACGGUGUCUGGGGAGCGCGUCCGUUCUAUAUUCAUAGGGUUUGGAGCACAUUCACUGGUUUCUUACUUUAGGCGAUUAACAAAAUACAGAAGUUUAUAUAUUUCUGAGGCAUUUUUGCAGACAAAUGUAUUCAACUAAAUUGUGACGUAUUGUCUUAAGUUAAUAUACUUGAUAAAUUGAAACAAAUGCUUAUUUUAUUUUCCUUAGUAUAAAUUGGUGGUAGUCAUAUCUUAAAUAAUUAAAUAUGGCGUAGACA